GGGCAUCUCUUGCUGGAGAUCUAUGCUUACUUGAGGCCCUCCAAAGUGCCCUCUGUAAUUGAACCUGCAGUUCUACAGCAAACAGACUAUGAUGGGCCUGCAGCCACACAGCAAUGCACUGAAAUGAGUGCAGCAAGCACAAACACUUGCAUGAAGAUGUACCUAUCGAAAAUACCUCAACUUGUACAAGCCUGGCAGGAACGGCAUAGGAAAAAAACAGUUUUAAUUACCUCCACGUAGCGUUUUGCAUGAGCUCAAUUAGCCUACCGUAACGUCUGAAAUGAGGGUGGAAUGCGAAUGCACGUGUGUGUACAGAGCAGGCAGCAAAAGCGUUUAUGAACAGGUGGAACAACACGCAGGCAGGAAACCGAGAAUCAAAGCGGGUGCCGCGUGCCGCCGAGGGAAGAGGCACCACUUCCUCACAGGCGUUGCCCUCGAAGCUCUCAGAGCUCUCUGGGGACUCAGCGGGCACUGCCGGCCCCCGAACUCACCCGGCACCCGCACGCUGUCGCUCAGCCCUUUUACGCUUCGGGGAACCGCGUUCGCCGCCCCCGCUCGCCGUAACCUGCCGGCCCGCCACUCCCGGUCCCAGGGUGGCGCGUGGAUGCCUUCCCUGCGGCCGCGAGGCAGCCGGGCUCGGGCCAGCUACAAGCGGCCGGGGAGUUUCAGCUGCCCUCAGCAGCGGCUGGCCGAGCCCCAGAGACCCUCAGCAUCAGGGGUUUGCCACGCGCCGUCCUCCCCCAGCCAUCGCUGAGGGAAACAACGGGACUCUGGGAACCGGAGAUUCACGGGAGGAGGAAACGCAGGAGGGAGGCGGCGGGAAGCCGGGGGCUGAGGGGAGCGCUGCUGUGUGGAGCGCCGCUGAGCGGAGCGCGCCGCUCUGCCUCCAAGGGAGCAGAGGUUCACUGGCAGCAGCCGGCACCCCUCCGCCCCCGCAUUCCCCCCCCCGCCCUUCCCUCCAACUGUCACGUGCUCCGGGUGCCGCAAAGCAGCGCCGCUUUUGCGACAGGGUGACAGCCAAAUGGUGCGACAUCCGCGGCGGCCGCAGGAGCAGCAGCCGCGGCGGCCGAGCGCUGCCAGGGCCGAGCGCCGCGACAGGGCGGGGGAGCGCACGGCGGCAUCGCACCGCACCGCGGCCCAGCGCCCGGCGCGACCCCCAUGAGCGGUAG